CUGCUGCUCCUGCUGUCUCCGGGGAGGAGGGCGGCGUUGGCGCUGGCGCUGGCGCUGGCAGGGCUCCAGCCGGGCUGCCCCUGAAGGAGGCGGCGAGUGGGCAAGUGGGCGGGCCCCUCCGGUGGCAGCUCCAGAGGGCCAGGGCAGAAGGGGCAUUCCCUCCUUCCACCGCCUUCCCUCCCUCCCGUCCGUCUUAAGGCUCCCUCUCCUGCUCCUUGCCCAGCGCCAGCCCCAGCAGCCCAGAGCAUGGGAGCCAGGAGGCACCUGCGGAGGAGGCGUUAGAGGGAAGGCAGGGGCUUCUCCAGGAGGAGAGAUCGGGCUUGGUGCCCCCUCCUUCCCCCUUCUCUGCCGCCCUCCGAGAAGAGCGAGCAGAGGAAAGGCAAGAGAGAGGGCAGGCUGGGAGAGCAUCUCCGAAAAGGACAGGUUGGGCUGCCUUUGUUGGAGGAGAAAGAGGAGGAGGAGGAGGAGAAGCAGCAGCAGCAGCAGCAGCAGCAGGGCGCCCGAACAUCAUGAGCAGCACCAGCGCAGUUCCUUUUCAACAAAACCCAUACAACUCCGGGGGUCGGCCCACCAUAAUCCAGUGUUAUCGCUGUGGAGAUACCUGUAAAGGGGAGGUGGUACGUGUCCAGAGCAAUCACUUCCAUAUUAGAUGCUUCACCUGCCAAGUGUGUGGCUGUGACCUAGCUCAGUCUGGCUUCUUCUUUAAAAAUGGAGAAUAUAUCUGUACCCAUGACUAUCAGCAGCUCUAUGGCACCCGUUGUGACAGCUGCCAGGAUUUCAUCACUGGAGAGGUUAUCUCAGCCUUGGGCCGGACCUACCACCCAAAGUGUUUUGUCUGCAGCAUGUGCAGGAAACCAUUCCCCAUUGGAGACAAAGUUACAUUCAGUGGGAAGGACUGUGUUUGCCAAACGUGUUCCCAUUCCCUAAUCAGCAACAAACCCAUCAAGAUUCAUGGACCAAGCCAAUGUGCAGGUUGCAAGGAGGAAAUCAAGCAAGGUCAGUCCCUCCUGGCUUUGGAGAAACAGUGGCAUGUCAGCUGUUUCAAGUGCCAAACCUGUGGAGUCAUCCUGACGGGAGAAUACAUUAGCAAGGAUGGCAUUCCAUACUGUGAAUCUGACUAUCAUGCCCAAUUUGGCAUUAAAUGCGAGACCUGCAACCGGUAUAUCAGUGGCCGGGUCCUGGAGGCAGGGGGGAAGCAUUACCACCCCACUUGUGCCAGAUGUGUGCGUUGCCACCAGAUGUUCACUGAAGGAGAAGAGAUGUACCUCACAGGGUCAGAAGUGUGGCAUCCUAUAUGCAAACAAGCAGCAAGAGCAGAAAAAAAGUUAAAGCACAGAAGAACUUCAGAAACUUCCAUUUCCCCACCUGGCUCCAGCAUUGGCUCCCCUAACCGAGUCAUUUGUGCCAAAGUGGAUAAUGAGAUCCUUAAUUACAAAGACCUGGCUGCUCUUCCCAAGAUUAAAGCCAUCUACGAGGUGCAGCGCCCUGACCUCAUUUCCUAUGAGCCCUAUCACAGAUAUACAUCGGACGAGACACUGGAGAGAUAUAGCUAUGGGGAGUCUCUGGGAACUUUGUCUCCAUAUUCUCAGGACAUUUAUGAAAGUAUGGACAUCCGGCAAAGGCGAGCCUCCAGCCCAGGUUACAUUGACUCCCCCACCUACAGCCGCCAAGGCAUGUCUCCUACCAUCCCACGCUCUCCACAUCAUUAUUACCGCUCAGGGACAGAGAGUGGGCGCAGCUCCCCCUACUAUAGCCAGUUAGAUGUGAGGUCUUCUACACCAACCUCAUACCAAGCUCCUAGGCAUUUCCACAUUCCAGCUGCUGCAGAGAGUAACAUCUACCGGAAACCUCCCAUCUAUAAAAGACACGAUACCCAUUCUGCAGCUACAAAAAGCAAAACCAGUGAGGACAUUGCCCAGACCUCCAAAUAUAGCCCAGCCUAUUCUCCAGACCCUUAUUACCACUCAGAGACUGAGUACUGGACUUUUCAAGGGUCGCCUAAAGCACCACAAGUACGGAGAUUCUCAUCAGGAGGAGAAGAAGAUGGGUUUGAUCGAGGAAUGCAUAAAAUCCACACAGGGAUUGGCAGAUUGAUACUGAAGGAAGAAAUGAAGGCCCGAUCCAAUUCCUAUGCUGACCCUUGGACGCCACCCCGCAGCUCAGCCGGCAGUCGAGAAGCUCUUCAUACAGCUGGCUAUGAAAGCUCCUUAAAUGGUUCACCCCGGACACAUUACCUAGCAGACAGUGAUCCCCUCAUUUCGAAAUCUGCCUCGCUUCCUGCUUACAGACGGAAUGGGCUGCACAGGCCUCCCAGCGCUGAGCUUUUCCACUAUGACAGCACAAAUGCUGUCAACUGGGGGAUGCGAGAAUACAAGAUAUACCCUUAUGAGCUGCUUCUGGUGACAACAAGGGGGAGGAACCGUUUGCCCAAAGAUGCGGACAGAACUCGACUAGAGCGCCACCUGUCACCAGAAGAAUUUUACCAGGUGUUUGGCAUGACCAUUGCUGAAUUUGAUCGCCUGGCCUUGUGGAAGAGGAAUGAGCUGAAGAAGCAGGCACGGCUAUUUUAGAAGUGGUGCUUUAUAAAUAAAGAUAUAUAUAUAUAUAUGUAUACAUACCUAUAAAUAUAUACAUAUAUAUAGUUAUAUAUAUAAUAUAUAUAUAUAUAGAAAGAUCUCUAUAUUGAAACUCUGUAUAACUCUUUAUGUUGUACAGUAGAACCCACAGCUGCUCUCUUCAGAAGCCUGUAGAGUGAACUGAAGUCUCACAAAUAUUUUUAUGUCCUUUGUUUCUUUUAUUCCUUUUUUAAAAUGUAACAGUUAUUUGGGGGAAGCUUUCGAAUUUGGGGGAGGAGGGGGGAUCCUGUUUUUAUACAAAACUAUCUUUUUCUUACAUGAAUGUCAGGUAAUCUUGGGCAUUAUUGUAUCUUGUCCAUGAGUUUCCUAAAUCCAAGUCCAGCCAAAAGGAGUUAAGGUAGUGGUGAUAGUGGGCACAUUACUUGCAAAGAGCUAACUUAAUUUCUGAUGCCCAAAAUGUGGAGUAAGGCCACCAGAAGCACCCUGCAGGAUCAAGCUGGAGGGGGGUUUAUCUCAUCAAGCCUCUUCUUGAACAGUGUGUGGGCAGAUAUUUUGAUGUUUUUUCACUGCUUGAUUCCCAUUGCUCAGCUUUAGCCUUGUCUAAGGUUAUGUACACACUGUGCUGCUUCAUUCUACAGCACCAAGAAUGCAAUAUAUUCUACACCAAGAAGAAGAACUAAUUUUAAGACUUGUAUUAAACGUGUUUGCAUAUAGGAACAAAGGAAGAAUCCCUCUGGGUCUCCUACAGCAAUUAUAUAAAUGCCUCUGGAAGUUCUGGAGGUUAGCCAUCAUGAUGAUUUGUCUAGUAAUUAGGCAGGACUCCUUCUGUACAUGGAGAAUUGAUUUAGUACCAUUGCUAAUGUCUACUUCAUAGACUUUUCCUCCACGAGUACAGACUAUUUGGGUUGGCUUACCUUCUUCUAAUUUUGGUGAAAUGCACCUUACCCCGACCCCCACAAUUCCACCACAAACACCUACUGGAAGUAAUGGGCUUCCUCUUACUGAAUCCUACUCUGUCUUUAGAGAUUCCUCCAGGUAGCCUUGCUUUCAUAACAUAUGAAAGCUGGGAUGCUGAAUUCAGUGUUCUCAUAGGUACCAAAUCCUGCAUGUAUUCUGCACUUGCAUGGGUUCAUGGAACAAACUGGCUAUGACCUAGGAGAACCAUCCAUGAAUGUGCCUACUUACAAAUGGGCCUUCUUUGUACUCCUCCAGCUUCACCUUCCCAUCAGUGAAUUAAUGAGAGCUCUAACUAGCAGCCAAUUAAAAUCAGUAAACACUGCCAUAGGAGACCUUAAUCAUGCAAAGUGAAGAUCAACACUAUUUUGUUUUUAUAUUUAGGUUUAGCUAGAAAUAGCCAACAUCACUGUCCCAUUUCCAAAAUAAACAGACCUAACUCUCUCUGUCUCUUUCUCUCUCUCUCUAUUGUGUCCUUUAAAUAAACAUUGUCUCUUGUUGUUAAGAAGAGAUGAAGCUAUACCCAGGCAAAUGUGAUAUUGGAGACAUUGCAUCUGACCUAUGAAAUUUAUGUGGAUCCUAAGUCUGUUCUAAAGAAGAGGUGGACUUACCCAAGGAUUGAAACCCAGACAUUUCAAAUGGAUAUAGGAAAUGCUGGGUCAUAAGGAAAAGGUGGUGAGCUUGGACAAGCCUUGUCACCUGUUGUAACAUUUUAUUCAUCUUUCAUGGCCAUUAGCAAUGCCUCCAGUACCAGAUAAAAUCAAUACAAUAGCCUUCUAAAUUAAGAAAUGUAUAUGGAAUGUCUUUAUCUCUGUGGGAAAUUGUAGGUUUGUUCUGCUUUCUUAAAAAAAGUUUUCUUACCUAAUACAUUGUUUGAACA